AAUCUACUGUGCUAUACAACAACACAGGGACAGGGCCAAUGGCGUUCAGGAAGGCACUGAAGCACACCGUGCUCAUAGGGGGUGGGGCAGCCGCCACGUUUUUGGGCCUCUCACAGUUGAUCGAGUACAAGAAAACACAGCCUGGAUUGGUAAGCCACAAUUUCGACCCAGAUGAUACCUAAUCAUUUUCACAAUAGUUGAUAAUCAUGCAUGCACCUAACUCUGUAAUUGCAACGUUGAUGAAACAAAUGUCUUGUCUGCUCUCUUAUAUCAUGAGCACAUGGCUUUGAGAAGUUUUCACGAACAUGGCCGAUAAGCAUGGACCUUGCUGUGCUCUUCGCUGGCUGAACUUGAUUACGUGGAGGGGGCCUCGCUGACACUUAAUUCUCUGUCUCAAAAAAUAGACAAUGAUUAUACCAUCAGCUCGUUUGCAGUUGCAGGCUUUGAAUCACAAAAGCUGCUACCAUUUGCAAGUCAAAUGUUCCGCUUGCUUCGAAGCUGCUUGAUGCAAUCAUUUUGUUUGAACUGAUGAGUAGAGAAUUGAAUAAUAUGAAAGCCCACACCAUUAUACUGGCCUUUGUGUGUUUUUAUUGCAGUUCUGAUUUUCUUCUCUUUUUUUCUAAUCACACAAUGAUAAAAGAUGAUCUUCAAAAUGAGCAGCCUGUUGCCUCAAGAUUAAAUCCAUAGGAAACUUGUGCUACUAUUGAAACUUAGAGUUUUAUGGCGACACUUGUACGUUAAAGGGGAAAAUUGACACCUAAGCACACUGUGGUAUCACUUAGUUCCAGGAAGAUCUUCAGAAAUUCAGAUUCAGAUUUUCAAAAGUGGGAGGGGUCUCUUUCAUGGUUUUGGUAAAUUUUUUAACACUUUAUAUUUAUUUAUCAUAUUAUGUCUCAACUUCUAUAGCCUGUUCUAUAAUCCAGUCCCAUUUAGACUGAAUCAGCCUAUCGUCGCUUGUGACAAGUGUGCUACAUUAGUUCAAUGAGUUGCCAAAUCAGUUUAUAACGGAUGUUCAUCAAACAAAUUCAAUGAAUAGGUUCAAGCUUCAAAGAUAACUUCUCUACAUCAUUCAUUUGUCCAGGCAUUUUAACAUAACAAAUGUUACAUGUUUUCGCUAACUUCACUGUUUCCACCAAAAAAAUUACACCAAAACACUAUUCAAUAUCAGACAACUAAUAUACAUUAUAUUACACUCUGACAAAGUAAUGCUACUAAACUGUUGAAAGUGAUUGUGCUUAUUGUGUUUACAAAUGCACUGGGCAAGUGUUGCAACGUAAUAAUGCUUACAAAGAGAGCAAAGAUAAUUUCAAUAUAGGUAAUAACAUAGAAACUAAUAUGAAACCCCUGUCUCCAAAAGUGUUGGUACACCUUCUUUGAAAUGCAAUAAAAACAAGAAUCUACAGUUUGGUUAUGCACAUGGACCUUUACUUAUUGUUGUAAUCGUUUUUCAAUCUUGAAACACAAACCUGUCACCACAAACUUUAGCUGAAGGACAUUUCCUGAGGUUACUUUCAGUUUUCCUUUUCUUUGUCCCUCUGUUUUUAAUGCAUGAUAAACAAGUCCACGAAUUAACAGACUAUAUUUUGGCUUUUAGGAAGUGUACCUACUCUGGCGGAAAUGUUUUAUAGUAAUAAACAAUUAAGGAAGUUCAGUUUAAUCCUGAAGGUGCAGACCAUACUGUGUUUGUGUUGCUUGUGUUCAUGUGUCAUAAUCAGGCCCGACUAGCCCAUGUGACAGCAGAAGCUGAGCUGAAGGUUCCCUUUGCGGACGAACUCCCCAGCCGACAGGCCCAGCUCAGGACGCUAAAAAGCACUGAGGAGUUUGAUGUCCUGAUUGUUGGAGGAGGUGCAACAGGGGCAGGAUGUGCCUUAGACGCGGUCACACGCAACCUCAAAACUGCCCUGGUAGAGAGAAGCGAUUUCUCUUCUGGGACCAGCAGCCGCAGCACCAAGCUGAUCCACGGUGGAGUACGUUAUCUUCAGAAGGCUAUCAUGCAGCUGGACUAUGAGCAGUACAAGAUGGUCAAAGAGGCCCUCCAUGAGAGAGCCAACCUCUUGGAGAUCGCACCUCACCUGUCUGCACCACUUCCAAUCAUGUUGCCUGUUUACAAAUGGUGGCAGUUACCCUACUACUGGGCAGGGAUCAAGAUGUAUGACUUAGUGGCUGGAAUACACUGUUUGAAAAGCAGCUAUGUCCUCAGUAAGACCAAAGCUUUGGAGCUGUUCCCAAUGCUGAAGAAGGACAGACUGGUGGGAGCAAUUGUCUACUACGAUGGUCAACACAAUGAUGCCCGUAUGAACCUGGCUAUCGCCCUGACUGCUGCUCGCUAUGGUGCCUGCCUCACUAACUACACUGAGGUCGUUAACCUGUUAAAGACAACAGACCCACAGACUGGCAAAGAGAAAGUGUGUGGUGCCCGCUGCAGGGACACCAUCACAGGAGAGGAGUUUGAUGUCAAGGCCAAAUGUGUGAUCAACGCCACUGGACCAUUCACAGACUCACUGAGGAAGAUGGACAACCAGGAAACCAGAAACAUCUGUCAGCCCAGUGCAGGUGUUCACAUCGUCAUUCCUGGUUACUACAGUCCUGACAACAUGGGUCUGCUGGAUCCAGCCACAAGUGACGGACGUGUCAUAUUCUUCCUGCCCUGGGAGAAGAUGACUGUCGCCGGAACGACUGACAGUCCCACUAGUGUGACAGCUCAUCCAAUUCCUGGCGAGGACGACAUCAACUUCAUUCUGAGAGAAGUCCGCAACUACCUCAGCCCUGAUGUAGAAGUGCGUCGAGGUGAUGUGCUCGCAGCCUGGAGCGGCAUCCGCCCACUGGUGACUGAUCCCAACUCUAAGGACACUCAGUCCAUCUGCAGGAACCACAUCGUCAGCAUCAGUGACGGUGGACUGGUCACUAUUGCUGGUGGGAAGUGGACCACAUACAGGUCUAUGGCUGAAGAAACUCUGGACGCAGCCAUCAAAGCCCACAAUCUGCCAGCAGAGUCCUGCAAGUCUAUUGGUCUGAUGCUGGAGGGGGCCAAGGGAUGGACACCGACCCUCUACAUCCGUCUAGUGCAGGACUAUGGUCUGGAGAUGGAGGUAGCUCAGCACUUGGCUUCCACCUAUGGUGGAAGAGCAUUUGAAGUGGCAAAGAUGGCUCAGGUCACGGGACAAAGAUGGCCGAUCGUGGGGAAACGACUGGUGUCAGAGUUUCCUUACAUAGAAAGUGAGGUUCUGUAUGCAAUCAAGGAAUAUGCCUGCACCGCCACUGAUGUCAUUGCUCGCAGGACACGUCUGGGCUUUUUGAAUGUGCAGGCAGCAGAUGAAGCUCUGCCCCGCAUCGUCCAGAUCAUGGGGAAGGAGCUUGGCUGGAGUCAGGAAAAGAAGACGGCAGAACUUGAAGCUGCUAAGAAGUUUUUGUACCAUGAGAUGGGCUACAGGUCUCGUUCUGAGCAGCUGACUAAAACAUCUGACAUCAACUUAGACAACCAGGAGGUCGCCAGAUACAAGAAGCGGUUCCACAAAUUUGACAAGGAGAGCAAAGGAUUCAUCACCACCGUCGACGUUCAACAGGUUUUGGAGAGCAUCAAUGUCAACAUUGAUGAAAAUGCACUCCAUGAGAUCCUUAAUGAAGUGGACCUCAAUAAGAAUGGACAAGUAGAAAUAGAUGAAUUCCUGCAGCUGAUGAGCGCAGUUAAAAAGGGCCAAGUGUCAGGCAGUCGUCUGGCCAUCCUGAUGAAGACAGCAGAGGAGACUCUGGAAAAGAGGGGGCCAGUGACGGUGGACCGCAGCGGAGGUGGCGUGUGAGGAGCUCUGACAGGGAAUACCGUCAGCUCCAGUUCUCAAACCGGUAACCAGGACGAAAACUACACAAACUGAUGAAAAUGCUACCGUUUAAAUGACAAAAAAGCACAGGACGGUAACAACCCUGAGUCUGAGUGAGUUGAGUGAAUGAAAAUUGUCAAGAUCCGGUGCCUCAGCUACAUCACUGCACAUCAUUUAUUUAUUGUAUACAGUCUUCUUACUUAGGAUAUUUUUUUAAUAAUGGCAGUUUAAUAUUUUCCAUCUAGAAAUUACAAUGAGUUUCAUUACAUAUUUUUAUUCAAAUUAAAACAAGGGACAGAUUUUUAGCUUUUCUGUUUUAAUUUUGCAGAUAUUUAAUUUUAAAACUUUAAUUUUGUCAAAUUAUAGUUAGUGACUCAAUUUAUACCAAAAAUGUUUAUAAAAAGCAACAAAAAAAAUAUCUGAGGAAAUAUUUCCUCUGGAACUGAGUCUCAGCCAUGAUCUGUGUCUUGUUUCUGAUCCCAACAUGUUACUGAUCAGCUAAAAUAUAAUAUAUUCAGGAAACAUUUUUGUAUUUGAGGAUAACAAAUGACCAGGGUUUAGUCUAAGGAGGUUUUUUUUCGCCAUCUGUUGGAGUACCAGGGAAAUUCUGAGGUUUACACAGCCAUACUUUUCUGUUUCGUCACUGCUGCUCUUAAAGUAAGUGGUCUUCCUGUAGUUUUAUCUUUUUGUAAGUGUAUGAUGUCCAAUAGAUGAAAUGACAUGACACAUGUAACCCUAUCAAUUCAUUUUCUAAAAUUAGGUUGAACUUAUAUAUACAUAUAUGUAUAUAUAAGUGAUUUCAAAAGCUGUAUUUACGCACAAGCAGUCUGUCUGGUGACAGUUAACUAGUAGUCAGUUAACAAGUAACUGCAUGCUGAGAGAUAAUGUUUUUAUUGUGACAAACAAUGUAAUACUGCAUUGUUUCUUCAGGGAAGGGUAUGCAGGAAUUCUGACCGUAGAGCAUGUAGCUCUUACAAAAAAUGUCUUUGUUCAAUGUUUUUGAAUAACAAAAAGUUAAAAAAAGUUAAACCCCGAACAUGUACGUUUUACAACUGCAUUUUCACCUAGUAUGUUGUAAAAGACUUUUUUACCCACAGCAGACUCUGUGUAUGCUGCUUUAUACUCCUAUAACCAUGCCAAAACUACUCUGUUUGCUGCCACAGCUGACUUCUGCUGCACAGUGGGGGUAGUAAAAAUUACUCUGUAUCCUUUGAGUGGCAUCACUGCCCCCUACUGGAUCUAUUUUCCACUGGGAGCAUUUUUUUUACAUGAAAACCUCCCAACCACACAAAACACAUGAAUAAUGAAUGAGGAAAUUCCAGCAUAGUCUACCUUUAUAUCUUUGCAUGUUGUACCCGUGACAUUCAGGGAUGUUUUUUUUCUACAGAUGGAUGAAAACUCAUUGUAUAAAUGUCAUCUUAAUGUGCCUUAAUGUACGGAGGAUAUAACGCUGUCACUUUUAUACAAACUCUGCAUGUUGAUACGUUCAGACAUUGUUAUAUAACAUAUUAAUAUAAUUCAGAUAAUAAGAAAUGCAUUUACAAUUCACCUAAACUUGAUUUUAUCAUAGUGUUUAUCACCGUGAGAUAUUUAUAUGGAGAAGGCAUGUGGACAAAAGAGAAACAUUUAUGUGUAAUAUAUUAAAUUAAGGGAUUUUUCUGCCUUUCUGCAGACGUUAAGUCUUGGUGUUGAAGCCUGACUCCAUUCACUCUCUCUCUCUACUGCACUUUGUUGCUUUUUUUGAUGAAACAAAUUAUUUGACCCGUUUUAUUUUUUACAUAUUUUAUGGAUGGAAAAACACUUCUCUGUGUAUACUUUAAACCAAACUGUAGUUUUAUUUUUAUCUACUCAAAAAGAAUUAAAAAAUCCAAAACGUGAAAAAAAAAACAUCUAAAAGAAGAAAAUUAUGUAGGUGUUGAUCCAUGUUUAGAAAACAUUAUUUAGAGGGAAAAAAAGAUAAAAAUAAAUGAAUAAAGUUAUAAGAUGCUCGUUUUACCAUACCAUUGUUAAUAUUAUUCACAGGAUUAAAAAAAAAACUUGAGCGCCUUUAUUUCUUUCAUAUUAAUUCAUUUUUAUUGCUAACAGAACAUUUUUGACGUAUUGGUUUAAUUUGGUGCCACAAACCAAUUCAUUCUGUGCUGUUUUUUCUCACAGUGUUACUGAAGAGUGUGAAGAGUGUGUAUCUGUGUGUGUGUCUGUGGUCACAUGGGAAGAACCCUGUCAUAAAUAGCUCGCAGGCAUCACAACUUAAAUCCUCAACUUUGAUUGUCUCCGUUUGGAUGAAAUUUCAGCUUUAUCCUGACUCAAAGAGAAUCAGAUUCCUCAUAUUUCUUUGUUCUUUUUUUAACUGUCUGCACUGUAAAAACACAACUGUCUUCAGGUAAAAGAAGAAACAGAGCAAUUAUAUAAUUAAAUGUAUCUGGUUGCUUUCAAACUA